GCUAGACCACCUCACAGAGACCAGACACCUCGCCGGUCCACCUCUCAGCCUCUUUCCAUUUACCACUGUGGACCAGGAAUGGAUUCCAGGCUCCUGAUUGGACCGGGGGUCCCCACACCGGACCCGACCGCCCGGGAGCCCUGGAACAUCAGCUCCAUCAGCCCGCACCGGCUCCUGGAGCUGUCUGCUGUCACCACCGCUGGUCCCAUGGUUACAAGCCACCCAUUUCCAACGGUAGACGUCCCUUCCCACGCUCACUACACCAUCGGUGUGGUCAUCCUGAUCAUUGGCAUCACGGGCAUGUUGGGAACUUCCUGGUUAUAUGCUUUCUGCAGGAGCCGAAGUUUGCGGACACCGUCCAACAUUUUCAUCAUUAACCUGGCAAUCACAGACUUGCUGAUGUGUGUUACUCAGACACCCAUCUUCUUCAUUAACAGCAUGCACAAGCGAUGGAUCUUUGGAAAGAAAGGUUGUGAAAUAUACGCCUUUUGCGGAGCGCUGUUUGGUAUCUGCAGUAUGAUAACACUGAUGGUGAUUGCGGUGGAUCGGUACGUAGUGAUCACCCGGCCUCUGGCCUCCCUGGGGGGGAUGUCUCGCAGGAAAGCCCUGUGCAUCCUGGCUGCUGCCUGGGUCUACUCCGCAGGGUGGAGCCUGCCCCCCUUCUUUGGCUGGAGUGCUUAUGUCCCAGAAGGUCUGAUGACGUCCUGUUCCUGGGAUUACAUGACAUUUACUCCCUCUGUCCGUUCCUACACCAUGCUGCUCUUUAUCUUCGUCUUCUUCAUCCCUCUCUUCAUCAUCAUAUUCAGCUACUUCUGCAUCUUCAGAGCCAUCCGACACACAACCAGAGCGAUAACACAGAUGAACUGUCAGGGAACCAGAGACUCUGCAAAGAAGUUCAAUAAGAUGAAGACUGAAUGGAAGAUGGCAAAGAUCGCACUCAUCGUCAUCCUGCUAUACGUCAUCUCUUGGGCCCCUUACUCGUGUGCUGCCCUCACUGCAUUUGCUGGGCACGCUGACAUGUUGACUCCGUACAUGCACUCGGUUCCUGCUGUGAUCGCCAAGGCAUCUGCAAUCCACAACCCUAUCAUAUAUGCCAUAACACAUCCCAAAUACAGGUCAGCGCUCGGCAGGUAUAUUCCUUACCUCGGGGUAUUGCUGUGUGUUACUGGCAGAGACCGUUUCACCAGCAGUAGCUUCCAGUCCACCCGCCGAUCAACCGUCACCAGCCAAUCAGAGAGCAAAGGCCCCAGCAGGCUUCGCAACUCCUCCCUGACUGAGAGCGAAUCAGCCCGCUUCUCAGACACUGAGGAGGACUUGUCGUCUCGAACGCCUGACAUUUUCCAGUUGUCCGGUGAUACCAAACAGGUGCGCCAUGCCAACAAGAGGUCAAAGGUGAGAGGUCGAAACACAGGAGAGUUUGAAAGCACUGCCGCCCACAACCCCACUGACCCAGCCAUAUGCAACCUCUCACAGAUCACAACGCUGACAGAGCCUGAAGACAUCUCCAUGACAGACAUCGGCCUGCAGCCCACCAGUCAUCAGCCUGCUACUCUGGACAAUGGGAUGGAGGAGUCUGGGCCAAGGAUUGCGUAUACGACAACGCCAUCCGCCAUUGUAACAUCCAUAUCCAGCCCGGCUAUACUGCAUUGUCCCUCAGGUUUCCAUGGCGACUUUAAAUUGACCAAAAGGUACAGCCUGGUUGUCAAGGAGCCCCUUGACAUAGCCAGGAUGGAGACAACUGCAUUACCAUAGACAGCUGAACAGAAGUGCAACAACAGUGUGUACCUAUGUGUGUGUUUCAAUAUUUUACUCUCAAGGAGUUUUAUUUUCCAGCAAGCCGUUUGCUAGUUAUGUUAAGAACCUCUUUUCUAAAAACCACGCACACAUCCCAGUGCCUGAUAGAAUGGGAACUGGAUCAAAGUAAUAUUUAAAAGAUUUAAAGUUUGAGGAAAGGCCUUGUGUUUGAUACAUUAUACAGCGUCAAAAACAUGUCUACUUGGUGUGCCGGUCUAUUUGUUUCAACUGUGCCAGUUAUGGAAACUCAGAAGCAGAGCAUGCUCUUUAUUUAUUUUUGUAUUUCAAGUUCAUUUAGAUAGGUAUUUGCACACACAUAUGUGCGUUUUACUUAUUUCGACAUAUCAAGGUGAUGGUGUAUUUUGGAGCCAGAAGCAACAAAUUAGCCAUAAGAAGACAAUGUUAAAAGUGAAACCUGAAGGGUUGGGUCUUACAUCGGUUCUGAUUGUUGGUUUAGAUUCUCGUCAUAAUGUUUGAGAAGAAGAAACCAAAAUAUGUUUUGGAAAAGGUUUAAGACAAAAACAUAGAGAGCACUGAGACUGGAAAACAAAAUGGGACUACAUUUUCAGGUUGCCAAGCCCUAACGCAUAUGCUGCUUCAUUGUCUCUUUAUAUCUAGAGGGGAUUCAUUUACAAAAUUAACAUCAUGCUUUAUAAAAGAAGAAUUACAACCUGUCAGGAAAAUGAUAACAGAUGCUGGCUGCUGUAUAUUAAAGAGAAUCUAAUUUAAGGAUCUUCGACAUUGGCUUCACUUUUAAGACCUGGAAGUUGUUGCUUAGUUAAAAAUAUUACUGUUAACAAACCACAAGCUAAUUCUGGGGCAAUAUGACUACAACUGGGGUUAUCAAAAAGGUCAUUUAUGAUCCAUAUGUAAACACUAUAUAGGUUAAAGCAUACAUAACUUGCAAUUUUAACAAACGCAGUAGGUAUAUGGUUUGUCCAUUCAUUUAAUUUUAAAAGCAUGCUAUUUAUUCAAUUUAUUUUUCUUAUAAUUAAAUGAUUUCACAAAUAAGUACAAAUCCUUGAUACUCAAUGCAAACAUUUAUCUUGGUUUGAGUUUUAGUUUUUAAUCGGUACCUAAUCAUAUGAGAAUAUACUGUAAAUACAGAUAUUUAAAAUGCAACUGUGAGGCAGUUCCAGUUACAGGAGUUAGCAAAACUGGCCUCGCACAAUGUGAAGAGAGUUGGAGUAAACGAGUAUCUUUUUAAAAAUUAUCAACACUUUUUUUUUCUCAGGAUCUGAAAUGAUAGUAAAGUACUGGAUGUACAUUUAAAAUCUGGCUAGAAAGUGAACUUUAUUUGGAUGCUCAUGUGUGGUGCCGUUUAUACUAGACGCAAGGGCGCCGCCAGGGAUUUUGGGCCCCAUAAAAAUAUAUCACAUCGGUUACUUAAACAUUUUUUUCUAAUGUUCUAAAAUAGAAUGUCCUAACUUUUCACCCCCUUACGGCGCCCUGGGACG